GGUUUUGGUGCUGUGAGGUUAGUGUUGGAUGGGGCGCGCUAGCCUUCACGCCACCCGGUGCGUCCGUGGGCCUCGCGCGAGGCCGGGUGGGAGUGAUAGCUGCGUUGGGCAGUGUUUUGUUGCUCUACUCCCGGGAGCGAGGCGAGGCGCAAUUUGCCUCUCUCGCGCGUUGAGACGAGGCGCCGAUGGCCUUUGAGUCGUCCGACGCGCUUCUCGUCCCCACCGAGCGUUCUGAAUGGAGUGAUAGAGGCGUUGGUCACACCAGUGUCUUUUUCUCGCGGGUUUUGCAGGCAUUUUCAAUGUGAUUUGUUGGGGCCUAAACGGCAUAAUCCAUCGCAAUUCGUUGCUCCGGGAUCGAUUUCGUGACCGACGGUAGCUCCCUGACGUUUUCCGUCGGCAAAAUCGCGCUGCCACCAUUCAUACAGCCUACACCCUGCAGCCACUCGCGCCUGCUUAACAAAAGAGAAGCGCCGACCAGCCGCAUCGAUCUCCAAACGAACGAACAGCACCGCAGGAAUGCGCCGACUCGCCGCAUCGAUCUCAAAAUGCGCGCUGCCGCCGCCGCGGCGCCUCGCAUCGAUCGCAACACGCGCGCUGCCGCGGCGCCGCCUCGCGUGCUACGCGCUCGGCGACAAGGUGCCCGACACCGCCGCCGCAGCGUUCAUCGCGCCGUCAGCGAGCAUCGUCGGGUCGGUGGACGUCGCCGACGACGCCUCGGUCUGGUACAACUGCACGAUACGAGGCGACGUCGCGGCGAUAUCAAUUGGUCCACGCACGAACGUCCAAGACGGCACCGUGAUGCACGUCGACAGCGACGCGCUCGGAGGCAGCGGCUCCACGCCGACGGUUAUCGGUGCGGAUUGCACCAUCGGGCACAUGGCGCUCUUGCACGCCUGCACGUUGGGGGAUGGAGCCUUCGUGGGUAUGAACGCGACGAUGAUGUCGCAUACGACUAUUGAGCCGGGCGGGAUGCUCGCGGCCGGAGCAUUAUUGACGGCUGGCAAGACCGUCGGGAGCGGCGAGCUGUGGGGCGGCUCCCCAGCGAAGUUCAUGCGGCCCCUGAAACCGGGCGAGGCCGCCUUCAUUUUGGAGUCGGCGCGCGCCUACGUGGGCUUCGCGCGGACGCACGCUGCGGGAAUCCGCGAGUUGCCGACGCGAGACGAGGCGGCGACGGCGGCGACCAGUGCACCAAGAUGGAGGUAG